AUGGUCACAGUCAGGACCAUUAUCAGCAUAGUAGCUGCCAGGGGUCGGCCUUUAUCUCAAAUAGAUGUUAGUAAUGCUUUCUUAAAAGGGGAUCUCUAUGAAGAAGUUUAUAUACUGUUGCCUCAAGGAUUUCAUAAACAGGGGGAGUUGCAAAUGUGCAAAGGUAGCUUAAGUGGUGCAAAACCAGUUGCAACUCCUAUAGAGUUGAAUAAAAAAUUGACAACUGUGGAGUAUGAUACAUGUGUUGGGAAGACAGGAGAUUUAGAGCUGAAAGAUAAUUUAGCUUAUCAAAGAUUGAUAGGAAGGUUGUUUUACUUAACUAUCACCAGACCUGAUAUAAGUUUUGCAGUGCAAACUUUGAGCCAGUUCAUGCAAAGACCCGAACAGUCAUAUAUGGAGGCAGCAUUGAGAAUAGUGAGAUACGUCAAAGGAGCACCAGACAUGGGAUUGCUGAUGGAAGCAGGACCUAUUGAUCAUCUAACUGCUUACUGUGAUUCAGACUGGGCAUCAUGCCUUAAUACAAGAAAAUCUAUGACAGGAUUUAUUGUUAAAUUAGGAUUGCUGGAGGACUUAGGAGUUAAAGUGUCUACACUUGUUACAUUGUUCUGUGACAAUAAGGCUGCAAUACAAAUAGUAGGGAAUCCAAUAUUCCAUGAGCAGACAAAGCAUAUAGAGAUCGAUUGCCACUUUGUCGGAGAGAAAAUCAAGACAGGGCUUGUUACUCCAUGUCAUGUUUCUUCCUCCUUACAACUAGCAAAUCUUCUAACAAAAGGACUCACUACAGCACAACAUUCUUUUCUAGUGUCCAAGCUUGGUGUGUUAGACAUCUUCCACCCUCCAGCUUAA